AUGGAAAACAGGCUUGCUAUUGAUAAGCUCGGAAUCAAUAUUCUUGAUCAAAUUACAGACUUUUUGGCACCUUUAGAGAUUGUUAGCAUUUUUGGUAUAAACCGAUCUUUCCACAAACUUUGAAAUUCAAAAAUACAACAAAAAAUAUUCCAAGCAUUCCCAGACUUUACCUUGCAAAUGGAUCCUAGAGAAAAAUGGCUCCAUCUUCAAAUAAGAGUGACGUGUCAAAAUAAAAAUUACCCAAAAAUUACAAAAAUGACAUCAGAUAAUAAAAUAUACGUCCUCGAUAUAUCUUUUACGCCAGAGCCUGAGAUUAAAUUGUUCACAGAUGGUCAAAUAAAUUUAUGGAAGCCUGAGAGUCCUAAUAAAAAAAAUAUAAAAUGUUCAAAUAUCUCAGAGUUAGAAUAUCCAAUUCAAGCCUGUGGUUAUGAAGAUAACCAUCUUGCAUUACUGCUAGAAAAUGGCAAGGUCAAACACAUUUACAAUAAUGUAGAAGUAAAUGAUUUUCAAGUAAGAGGUAUAAAUUACGAAAAAAUAACCCAAAUGUUUUUCUUGCUGAAAUGUUCGAGACUUGUCAUGCAGUGCUCGAAAAAAAUUGUUUUUAUGGAUUAUAAUGGUAAUAUUUCCUUAAAUAUGAAACUUGGAUUAAUGGAAAAAUAUAAGGUAGUACCUUGGGCAAAUGAUGCAUUUAUUACAGUUAUUAAUGAAAAUUUAUUAUAUAUUGAUGAUACUUGGGGAAGAAAAUUGUUGUGCAAUUAUUCUGGCCCAGCUCUUAACUUCCCCCCUUUGUGAGCGAAAAACCAUUAGAUUAAUCCCUAUUUUUUGCCAAACAACCCACCCUCUCUGAGCGAACAAAAAUUCUUUUAAUAGAAAAUUUUUUUUAUGAACAAAAAAAUUUAUAUAUAAGCGAUAAUUACUAUAAUGAAAUCUCGAACUAAGUCUGUUUAACUUUAAACAAAUUGCGUUUUGAAACAUAAAUUUUAUAAAUUAAAUUAAUUUUCACGAAUUAGGAUUUUUUAACCAUUUCGUGAGUGAACAAGUUUUUUGUUCGCUCAAGAAGUGGGGACUAAGAGAACGCCUGAUUUCUGAAUUGAUGAAGAAUCAAAAAAAUAUGUAUUUCAGACUGGAAAGAAAAAUAGUGGUUGGGCUAAAAAAGUGAAUGCAAAUUGAAUAGAUUUUGUUGAAAAAGGUACUAAAAUGUUUAGGACUAAAGAUCACCAUUAUAUUUUAAUUGAUAGAUACACACUUAUAGAUGAGUGUUGCAGCCAUCAAUAUAAGAUUACACAAGAUCUUGAAAACGUCUUACAGAAUGGUGUUUACAUUUUAACCCACUGCAUAAGUCCACAAAAUAAUCAAUUAAUUCAGCUAUUUAUAGAAGGAGAAACAAAUCAUAUAGCUCUCAAGUGGCUGCCAUACAAUAUCAAUAUUCUAAGCUUUGCUUUCCCUUAUAUAGUUUACUCAGCUGCUUUAGAAGAAGGAGAUUUUGAGAUAGGCAUUCUAAAGUUUUAA